AGUCUUGCUGUUUCCGCAGCAAAGUGUUUAUAAAUCCCUGUCCCAAGACACUGUGGCAUAAUCGUAUCUUCGAAUAUUCAAAAUGGAUCGAAAAUUGUUGCUUCUUCUUUUCCUUGCAUGCUUGAUCCUGGUUGAAGUCGAGGGCGCUCGACGUCGCCGUUGGGGCAUUCACCGCCGACGUUGUCACUUAUACCGACGACGAUAUUAUUAUUGGGGGACACAUUGCUACCGUCGCAGAUGGGGUUACUAUCGUCGCCGCCGUGCUGGUGACAUCUCAGAACAACCCGAAAUGGAAGAAGAUGUGCCCGAAGACCAUGAGCCAGAACAAGAAAUGAAACCAGAAAACGAUUUCGAAGAGACCGCAGAACAAUUUGACAACCACGAAUAAAGGAGCAAGAUGCUUAUAAACAAUACGAUGUCCCGUUUAAUUGAUGGGUUUUCGUUUUUCACCAGUUAUAAAAUAAAAGUGAAUCUUUAAAUUUCA